ACCCCAGGUACAUACGCACUUUCGGAAACCUGACGAAGUCAUUUCAUAGCGAUAAUCGUAGGCGUUUGUUCCGCUUCCAUUGCUCAUGUUAUGCUGACUCUAUAAAUAAAAUGGCACAUUAAUUAAGAUAAACAGAAAAAUCUAAAUAUUGUCCAAACGGUCAAACCGAAAUCCACAACUAAUAGCCGCCAUCAUUAUUGUACUUAUGUGCUUAUUAUUGUACUUCUAGUAAAACUCUGUGUUAGUAAGAUCGAAGAAAAUGGAUCAGGAAAAAGAAAACUGGAUCCAGAUGAAAAUUAUAGUAAUACACGAACGUAUCUAAAAUUGCAUUAUGGUAGCUUUACCUAUAUUUUUCGUGACUUGAAUGCUUCGGGGGCGUUUUAAAUAUUGAAUGUAUUUUAAUGUCCUGGCUUUGGUGGUUAAAGGGCCUCUAGUAACUCUAUAUUGGACGAAAAUUAAAGAAAAACAACAGAGACAGAACUUUUGACAAGUGAGAGGACUUGGACUAUUUGUUAAGGGUAAACUAUUAGGACCGCGUCUUUUUCGUCUGCCCUGGAAAGUAAUAGGCUAUUUGCCAAUGCACGGACCUCCGAAACGGCGUGGGAAAAGGCACUAAGCGGAUAGUGGGCCAGUAUCUCUGGACUUGGCUGAGCGGAUUUGGAAGGCAGAUUAAAAAGCUGAAAGCGAGCAGUGGGACUCGGAAGGACUAAGUCAGGUUUAAGAUGCUCUCAGUCUGCUGCGUGAUUCUCUGCUCUGCGCUCCUCCAGGGCGGGACUGGUAAGUGUGGGGAAGCCGUACUAGGAUCCCGCUGCAGGAACCACACAUGUAGCGCCCCCGUAGGGAAUCUAGCGAUUGGCAGACAGUUGACCACCCUCAGCAGCUGCUGUGGAAACAGAUCCUCGCUGCCCUGCCUUGCCCCGCACUGCCACUCUCUGCCUUCGCACCUGGGGGAGCUACUGGAGGAGGAGGUCCAGCUGGACCUGGAGACGCAGUUCACCCUGACCCACGUGGUGGUGGCUUUUCGCUUGCCCUGCCCCUUGGCCAUGGUCCUGGAGCGGUCGCGUGACUUCACCCUGUCCUGGGAGCCACUCAAAUUCUUUUCCAGUAGUUGCAGGCAAAUGUUCGGCCUCCCUGAUGAUAUCAGGACCCCGGGUGCCCUGUGCACCUCCCGCUACUCCAGUAGCAGAGAGGUUAUCUUUCGGGCCCUCAGUCCCGGAGACAGCCUGAGGGACCCCUACAGCCCUGAGGCUCUUGCCCGGCUCACGCUCACCAAUCUGAGAAUACGGCUUCUCAGGGAGCAGUCCUGUCCCGCCCCUGUUUCCAGGCAAAGCAGCCCCCCUGGCACGGAUUCAACGCCCUCUCCUGUCUACGGUCUGCUAGCUGGGGGCACCUGCCUCUGUCAUGGGCAUGCAGGACGGUGCCAACCGUUUGUGGCACGGCUGGGCACGCGACCUCAUGCUGGCAUGGUGCCGGGCCGGUGCGUGUGCGCACACCACACGGCGGGAGAGCACUGCCAGAGGUGCGCCCCCCUCUUCAACGACCGGCCCUGGAGACCUGCCAACGGUAACAGCGGGGAGCCCCACCCCUGCAAGAGGUGCGAGUGUCACGGUCAUGCCGACAGCUGCCACUUCUCCCGGUGGAUGUGGCAGACUACAGGGGGUGUGAGUGGGGGAGUUUGCGAUGGCUGCCGUCACAACACAGAGGGCAGCAGGUGCCAGCGCUGCCGCCCGGGUUAUCAGCGGCGGAGCAGCACAGCCUUGAGCUCGCCACACGCCUGCACCCGUUGCUGGUGUGACUCUGUCGGCUCGGUGCAGGGCAGGGCUGAGGGUCGCUGGUGUCACCCCCGCAGUGGGCACUGUCACUGCAAGCUGGGGGUUGGCGGUCGAACCUGCAGCCACUGCCUCCCAGGCUACUGGGGCUUCGGGCCCAAUGGCUGCACACGGUGCUCUUGCCCCCAGAACUGCGACUCCAUCACAGGACACUGUCAAGACAGAAAUCACUAUGAGGCCUACAACAUUCCCAUUGGUGGAAGGAUCCCCGACGGUACAAGCAGCCUGACCAAUGAAAAAGGAAAGGAGUGGUCAGAGGAGCUCACUAUCUCAGCUAUUCAUUAUACAGCGAAAUGCAACUGCAAGGAGAAAACUCUGAAAAGCAUCUCUGAUCUCUGCAAGAGAAAGUAUGCCUACGUCAUCAAGGCCAGCGUGCUGUCGGCUCAUGACAAAGGCAGCCACGUGGAGGUGGAAGUGAAGGUGCGCAAGGUGCUGCGAUCGGGACGCCUGUCCCUGUCCCAGGGCACCCACAGCCUGUUCCCCGUGUCAUGGACGACCUUGGGCUGCACCUGUCCCAUCCUCAAUCCAGGUAUAAAACUCAGCUUCACAUUACACUCUGUGUGCAUGCCGCAGAUACUUAUUACAUUAAAGGGCAGAGGGUUAGAUAGAACCGUUUUAAAAUGGGUUUCUGUACAUUUUAAGACAUCUUAUCUAAUUUUCCUUCCUGUUUGCCAAAUCCACAGUCUCUCUCAGUAAAUAACACUAUAAAAUUGAAUAUCAGAAGAUCCACAACCCUAAACCAUUCCUUGUAGGAAGCUCUAUUGUCCAGCUAAUUUGGCUUUAUUUAGCUCAGCAAGGCUGUUUUCACAUCAUUGUAGCCUUCAAGUCUUCAGAAACCUCCCCUAGUUUCUGUCUUACUGAAGACCAUGGUGAGUUUCGGACAGUAACUCUAGGUGGGUACUUACCUCCAGCUGGGAUGCUGAUUGACAGUGCUGGCUGGAGAUCACCGUCAUUAGCUUUGGGUGAACUGUACGCUCAGUGCUGCCACUCGCAUCGUGUGUGAUCUCAUGGGCUGUGGGAGUGACAGCGUUAAGCGAUUCCUCAUACCUGCCUGCAGAGGUCCCCGCCUGCCUCUCUCGCCAAGUCCAUAUUACUCACACAACCAGAACGUUACACAAGGUCUGCCUGUAGAGCCGUCACUGCUCAGGUGAACAGCCGGACACUUUCCAUCAAGUCAGUGAACCAUCAAAAAAAAAAAAAAAAAAAAAAAAA